AAGAAAAGCCGAGUGGAGUAAACCGCAAAGUUUGCUUCAGAGUCUUGACAAAUGCAGCCGCUUAUCUCAGGAUCCAGGAAGCAAAUACAAGGAAAGAAGAGUUGGAAUUGAUGAUCGACGAGUGGAAUUCAGUAAGGGGAUUUGUGAAGAGAAGAUCCAGGAGGAGGAGCGGCUGAUCGAAGGAGGAAGAGGAGGAGAGGAAGAGUAUGGGCUGCUCCUAUGUGUGGAUCUUUCUGCUGUCCCUUUCCCUCUCCCAUCAAAGAGUCACAGCACAAACUGAAGCAUGCAGGACGGUGGUGCAGGCAGACAUAGUUUUUCUGGUGGACGAGUCGUGGAGUGUGGGUCAGACCAGCUUCUCCAGUGUGAAAGGCUUCAUCUCAGCCGUCGUCUCCUCCUUCCGGGACAGUGUGGUGGGAGCCGAGGGGGUCCGCUUUGGCGUCACUGUCUUCGGGGAUGUCGCAAGGAUGAGGAUCGCUCUGACAGACUACAGUUCACUGGAGGAGGUGCUCAGAGCCAUCAGAGACCUCCCAUACAAUGGUGGGUCCAGGAGGACUGGCUCUGCCCUCCAGUUUCUGGUCGACCCUGUUUUCAGCCCUGCCAUCAGUCGAGAUCAUGCCCCAAAGAUUGCAGUUUUGAUCACAAACGGACCUUCAGACGACCAAGUUGACGCCACAGCCAGAGCUGCGGCUGACAAUGGCAUUUCUCUCUUUGCAGUAGGUGUCUGGGGAGCGGAUGAAUCUGAGCUGAGGAGGAUUGUAUCACAGCCCCAUGAGGAGCACCUUUUGCUGGCUGCUGACUACUCUCUGCUGGAGCCGAUUCUUCCCAAACUGUCCCGCAGAGUGUGCGUCACAGCUUCUGAACCACCACGUCCUGUGAAAACUUCCCAACCUGUUGAGGAGCGCAUUGUCGGCCCCAGAGACCUGCAGGUCAGUGAGUUGGCCCACAGCUCCCUCAGACUGACGUGGAGCCAGGCCACAGGUGACGUCACCGGGUAUCGCCUCCUGGUCACCCCUCUCUCCUCCAGGGGGCACCUCCUCCCGCAGCAGCAGAGACAGAUUGAUCUGAAGGCAGACGUGAGCACAGCACUGGCCACAGACCUGACUCCUAAAACAGACUAUUCCUUUACCAUCUAUGCCAUCUACCCCAACCUCAUAGGAGACUCUGUGACAAUCACCGGUCAGACAACCCCUUUACCCCAGGUGUCAAACUUCCGUGUCAUCGAGGAGGGUUUGUUCUCACUGCGUCUGGGCUGGACGCUUCCUUUAGGGAAGCUCAACGGAUUCAAGAUCUUCAUCCCAAGAUCCAACCGACCAGGAUUUAUUUACGAGCAGCUGCUUCCUGGCGACACCUCCUCUCAUGUGAUUGACAGCCUGGAGGAGGACAAGAAGUACACUAUCAAUAUUUAUGCUAUUUUCCCCCAGGGACAAAGCGAGCCAGUUUCAAUAGUGGGAAGGACGUUGAAGCUGGUACCAGUUCAGCAGUUCCUUGUCCAAAACGCCACCACAGACACCGUCCAGGCGAGGUGGACUUCAGUCAGGGGCGCCACAGGAUAUCGCCUAACGUGGGCUUCUCCAGAAGAUCACAUAGAGAACAUAAACCUUGGGGACAAUUUUAACUUCUACAUGAUCCAGGGCCUCCACCGAGGCUCUGACUACACCGUCACCAUCAACCCCAUCUUUGGAGACAUUGAAGGCCCUGUCACUGCCACCAAAGCCAAGACAUUGGAGAGCAGUGCAGUUCAGACUCUGAAGGUGUCGGCUGUGACCACCAGCUCUGCCGUCGUCUCGUGGAACAGCGUCCCAGGGGCCACAGGAUACAGACUCGCCUGGGGACCCACCCCAGAGUUUACCGGUCGGGACCGUCCCAGGCAGUUGGCUUUGAAUGGCAGCACCACGGACUACCAUCUGAAGAACGUAGCCCAUGAUACCGAGUAUGUCCUGACUCUCUAUGUGUUGUUUGGAUCUUUGGUGGGACCCGGUAUCAGUGCUACCUUCAGAACCUCUCCUCUGGGCUACGUGUCCAACUUCAAGGUGACGUCCUACACCAGCACGUCCAUAGAUGUGGAGUGGAGUCCCAUCGUAGGGGCCACUGAGUACAAACUCACUUGGAACACAGAUGACAGCAGCCUGCAGUCCCAUUACCUGGACCGCAGUGUUCUCUUUCACCGCAUCCAAGACCUGAACCCGCAGUCCACCCACACAAUCACCAUCUGUGCAGUGUACGGCAACUCAGAGGGACCAGAACUCUCCUUGUCUCAGCUCACAGCUGCUGUCUCGGACUCGGAGCCGAUCCAGGCAGUGAGGAGACUAAAGGUCGUGGACAUUGGAGUCAACUUCUUCACCCUGUCCUGGAGCAAAACACCAGGGGCUUCUGGGUACAAAAUCUCCUGGAUCCCCUUCCUGGGGGGUGAUGAGAAGUUCCAGCUGGUGUCUGCCGCCUCCACCAACUUCACCAUCCGCAACCUCCGGGAGAGCUCGGCCUAUAAGAUCCAGGUGUCGUCCAUGGUGGCCAACAGGGAGGGAAGCUCGGUUCUGGUCACAGCGAGGACCCUGGAUCUUCCCAAAGUCAACGGCUUUGCUGCUCUGAACACGACAGACCGCAGCACCGUUCUGAACUGGACUCGAGUGGCCGGCGUCUCGGGUUACCUUCUCUCCUGGAGGCACAUCUCAGUGCUGGAGACUAAAACAGAAACACUGGGCCCUGGUUUCGCCUCCUUUAAGAUCAACGACCUCCUCUAUGGCAGAACAUACAUUUUCACCAUCAGACCUUUGUACGGAGAAGUGGAGGGGCCUAUAAGCACUGUGUAUCAAAGAAUAUUGGGACGGGAUCCUUCAGUGGUCACAGCCCAGUCAGUGGCCACCACGGCAGCUCCACAUCUCCCUCGCAUCACGCCUUCCUCAAAGACCGCCACCGUCAGGAAAACCACCAUCACUCAGACUGCCAACAGGACAACCCGGCAACCCAUCGCUGUGACACCAACUAAAAAAAUCACCACUACAAAGCCUCCAGCUCAGCCAAGAGUCACUGAGGCCAAAGCAGUGACAGGAGACCCUGUUCGAUUAACCACAAUCAAUUUGGAGACAACAUCUCCACCACGACCAGCAUGUGGUAAGACCAAAGCAGACAUAGUAUUCUUAGUGGACGAGUCCUCCAGCAUUGGUGCUAAUAACUUCAUCAAGAUGAAAGAUUUCAUAUUCCGCGUGGCCACUUACUUCCCCGUCGUUGGUCCUGAGGGAACACAGAUUGCUGUGGUUCAUUACAGCGAUGAGCCUCGAAUCGAAUUCCGUCUGAAUGCCUUCAAAGAUAGAAACUCUGUGCUCAGGGCGCUCAGGGAACUGCGUUAUGGAGGAGGCAACACCAAAACAGGAAAAGGCAUCAGCUACGUCCUGCAGGAACUGUUCCAGGAGCCUCUUGGGAUGAGGCAGGAUGUGGCUCAUGUUCUGGUCCUGAUCACAGACGGCAGAGCCCAGGAUGAUGUGCUGCCUCCCUCCAGAUUUGCCCGUGCUCUCGGCGUCAGUGUCUUGGCGGUGGGAGUUUCUAACGCAGACAUGGAUGAGCUGAACAAAAUCGCAGCUCCCACCAGCUACAAGAAUAUUUUCUUCUCGCCGACCUUUGACGAGUUUCCUUCCAUCGAGAGAGAAUUUAUCAAAACCAUCUGUAGUGAGGAACUCCUGUCCGAGUUCAAACUGCAUGAUGAGUCUGCUCAGUUGGACACACCGACUGAAGACCCAGAGGAGAUGGUCAAACCUCAGGGUCCCUGCCUCUCCCAGUGUGUGAAGGGCCAGAAAGGUGAAAAGGGGAACGGUUUUGGUCUCGGAGGUUUGAAAUUCAGGCAAAGCCCUGGACAGUACGAUCCUUUCACUUCUUCCAAAGGAGAGACGGGAGAGAAGGGACCAGCAGGAACAGAUGGUGUUCCUGGGUUGCCUGGGCGACCAGGGAGAACUGGACCCCCAGGUUCUGCCGGCCUGCGGGGCUCUCCUGGCAUCCCAGGUGACAUGGGUCGUCCUGGACCCGCUGGUUCAAAGGGACAAAGAGGAGAGAGAGGAGAGCCUGGAUAUGUUAUAGCUGGCACGGAUGCAAAUUACGUCCCUGGACGAAAAGGAGAGCCAGGAUCUUCAGGACCUCAGGGGCCUCCUGGUGUAUCAGGGGUCAAUGGAGCCACAGGUUUGCCAGGUCAGCCAGGAUCUCCAGGGUCACCUGGAAUUUCUGUCAAGGGAGAUCCUGGAGAGCCAGGAGCAAAAGGUUUACGAGGGAAACCAGGUGGGAAAGGAGACAAAGGAGAUCCAGGAAAAGAUGGUGCUGCGGGUUUGCCUGGUCCCAUCGGGAUAGAUGGGAUACCAGGAUUACCAGGUCAGAGAGGAGAGAAGGGUGAAGAAGGAAUUGGUAUACAAGGUAUCCAGGGUCCUCGUGGAGAGCAGGGAGAGAAGGGAAAUAUUGGCUUCACGGGACCAGUCGGCCUAAAGGGCGACCUUGGAGAACAGGGCAUCCAGGGAAUUAUCGGACCUCGGGGAAAGAAGGGAUUCAAAGGGGAGCAAGGAGACAAGGGAGAACAAGGAGAGAUGGGACCAAUCGGACCACAAGGACCCACAGGAUUCACUGGACCCAUAGGGUUUAAGGGAGACGAGGGUCCUAGAGGAGCCCCAGGAGACCCUGCCAAGGGUAUACUUGGACCAACUGGAAAAAAAGGAGCCAGGGGAGACAUCGGCCCAGUCGGCCCCACAGGCCCCCAGGGAAUUAAAGGCGAACAAGGAGACAAAGGAGAUAAGGGCAGUCCUGGUUUUGGGAUUCCAGGACAGCAGGGACCAAAAGGAGAGAACGGCGAGAGGGGAAAUGUUGGUUUGUCCGGAAAACCAGGACCAAAGGGAUACGACGGCUUUAAAGGUGACAAAGGGAAUAUUGGGUUCCCUGGCAAUCCUGGAGAACCGGGAUUAAGAGGUAAAGAUGGUGAACCCGGAACCAAAGGAGACCAAGGAAUUAAGGGUGAACAAGGUCCAUCUGGAGAGCCUGGUGACAGAGGAAUCAGGGGUCCACUGGGGUUACCAGGACGACCAGGGGACCCAGGAGAUAAGGGAGAUAGUGGGAAUCCUGGGCUGCCAGGUUCUGAUGGAAAGAGAGGCGACAAAGGCGAGGCAGGAAAACCUGGACCUCCGGGAGCACAAAUUGUCGCAGAAAACAAUAUAAUGACAAGAGUGAUUAAGGGUGAACCAGGGGAGCCGGGUCAGUCUGGCUUGAGAGGAGACACAGGUCUUCCUGGACCACAAGGUCCAGAAGGUAAACCAGGAUUACCAGGGUCAUCUCUGAGCUCUGGUGGCUCUGGAAGAAAUGGACUUGAUGGUUUACCAGGAAAACCAGGAGCGAAGGGGGACCAGGGACAGAAGGGCGAGCCGAGUCAGAAAGGAGAAAAAGGAGACCAGGGCCGAAUAGGGAUUGCAGGAAUGCCUGGUUUACCUGGAACUCCAGGGAGAUCUGGCAUUGAUGGGAAGAGAGGCCUGCAAGGAAACAAAGGAGAACGAGGACCAAAAGGAGAUGAUGGCAAAAUGGGGGUUAAGGGAGACACAGGUGCAGACGGUAAAGACGGCAGUAGAGGGGAGCCAGGACCUCCAGGUCUGCCUGGUAGACAAGUGCUUGUCACUCCAGAGGGCGCCACCAUCGACGAAGUCCGCCAAGCCUUUCCAAUCCCGAUGGGUCCUCCAGGUGCUAUUGGUUCACCAGGAAUAAAGGGUGAUCAGGGAGAACAAGGCCUGAAAGGAGAGAAGGGUGAUGCUGCAGCUACUGCGAAAUCAAUUGAGAUGAAGGACAUUGAAAUCAUGUUUGAAGCUUACGGCAUACGGCUGCCUUUGCUGAAGGCUUUGAUUGACCGGCUGCUGCAGGAAGGAAUAGAGGAGCUGCUUCAUGUGCUCGGCACCGUCAAGAACACAAAAGAAAACACAGACACUCACACGUCCAACGUCAUCACUGAGUACACAGGUCCAGUGAAAUUUGACCUCACCAGCCAGACCCUGUCAGACUUGGACAUCACUGAAGACCCAGAGUUGGACGGACGGUUUCCAGAUUCAUCGCCAGUUCAGGAGCUUGACAGGACUGAGACCAAGUUGAAUGGAUCCAGAUGGACCAAGAUGGUGGAUGAAGUGUCUUCACUAAAAAUGAAUCGAACUAAAGUAAAUUCUACUUAUAAUUACACUGCGGCUCAGGAGACGGUUUCAGGGUUACCUGAAACUGUGGUGGAGACAGUUCUCCUCACUCAGGACGACUCUCUGAAGAAGAGUUCAGGACAAAAGAAGAAGAACAGGGAACGUGGGAAGGGCAAAGGAAAUAAAGGACGACAUAAGAGGCAGAGACACCGCCUGACAAGUGGAGAGCAAGUUGAAGAAGAGGAAGAGUUUUAUAACGGUGAAGAAUACGAUGAUGACUAUGAGGAAGAACUCUCUCCACAUGACUCAUCUACCUUUCAGGAGAGCAGAGACAACAGAGAGCUUGAAGUCCAAACAUAUAAAUACCCCCAUCCGGUUGAUGAAGAGGUGAGCAUCAUGGAGGAGGAGCAUUGGCCCACACACAGUUCUGUGCAGUUAGAAACAUCGACGUACACCUCCAGUCGUCCUCUGACGCCCCCCUCAGAAACAGAUGAGCAGGCCGCCUCGACAACCCUAGACCCACCAUCUCAUCUCCUGGAGGAUGUAGAGAAGGAUGAAGCGUCACUGCCGUCUCCUCCCAUCACGACAGAACCAGACAAGGUGCCUCAAUCUCAAAUGAGGGUGAGAAGAGGCGCCCCCUGGCCCGAUUCCAUUGUGUUCAUGCCAGGUGCCCCGGGUGGAAGGAAUCGGUUCAAGGAGGAACAGAAACAUCUGUCCUCUGGAGCUGCAGGUUUCCACAGCUUCAGUAGGAAGCAAACGAACCCUGAUCUACACAAACACACCAGGAGAGAGAGGCAGGAAAGAAGAGAGAGCGAGACAGAGGGAGAGAUUCAUGCAGAUACACAAGGUGGAGGAGGUGAAGAGACUAAAGCUGAAGAUGUGGAAGUAGAGCCGCAUGGAUUUACAGAAACUGUCCCUGGUCCAGUCUAUGGUGAGGAGGAGAGGAGCGGAGACUACGACUGGGAUCCUUACGAGGAUGUGGAUCGAGAGAGGGAAGGAGAGGAGGAGGACCUGGAGAGGGAGAGAGAGAGGGAGCGGUUGGAGAUGGAGAGAGAGCGAGAGGAGCUGGAGAAGGAGAGGGAGGCAGAGCUGGAGAAAAUGGAGAGACAGAGGGAGCUGGAAAAAGAGAAAGUGGAGAGAGAGAGGGAGGCUGAGAGGGAGAGGACAGAGGGAGAGGAGGGGGAGAGGGACCUGGACAGGGAGAGGGAGGAGUGGGAGAGGAGGAGGCAGGAGAUGGAGAGGGGGAGAGCAGGAGGUUAUGGUGAGGAGACUGGACAGCCUUACCCGUACCCUCCAGAGUAUUUCUUCCUAAAGGGACAACCAGGGGAGAAUGGAAAACCAGGACGAAAGGGGGAAAUUGGUGAAAUGGGACAAAAGGGAGAACCAGGCAUCGGCCACAGAGGACCUGAGGGCCAGGCUGGUCCUCCGGGACACAAGGGUGAACCAGGUGAGCCAGGGCCUCCGGGUGCUCAGGGCAUCCAGGGUAUCCGUGGUAACGCAGGCAUCCAAGGUUCCCCGGGCCAUAGGGGUCCCCCAGGGGACCCAGGGGAGCCGGGCAGAGAGGGUGAACGAGGUAAAAGGGGGAAGAACGGAUCACCUGGAGCUCCUGGACCUCGAGGACCAACUGGAUCUCAUGGUCCACUUGGUGUACCUGGAGUAAAAGGAGAAAAGGGUGACAGUAUUCCAGGAGAACCAGGUGCCAGGGGUGUGACCGGUGUUCCAGGCAGAAGGGGUGAAAUGGGUCCUCUGGGUGUUAAGGGAUCGCCUGGACAUAUGGGUUCAAAAGGAUUACGAGGCAACAAAGGAGAGAAGGGAGAUCGUGGGCUACCUGGAAUCAGAGGAGAGAGGGGGAGUGUGCUUCAAAUCCAAGGACCUCGAGGAUUUAAGGGAGUCAAAGGAAAUCCGGGGGAACGAGGUCCACCAGGUUUUGAUGGUGACAAAGGAGAAAAGGGCGAGGACGGCCCUCCUGGAUUCAAGGGCUUGAAGGGUGACGCAGGCACUAAGGGGGCAUUGGGAAGGUUCGGAGCACGAGGACCUGUGGGCCAGAAGGGAGAUCCAGGAGAGCCAGGACUCAACGGAGUGAUGGGUCGCAAUGGAGAUCACGGAGGUGAUGGGGCCAAAGGGGACAAAGGAGAUGUAGGACUGCAAGGUCAAAAGGGUGAUCAGGGUGAUUCCGGGGAAGCAGGAUUACCAGGAGACAAAGGGGAGAAAGGAGAGAAGGGUUUCAGAGGAUUACCUGGACGCAUCGGGAAUCCAGGCCUGGAUGGAGAGAAGGGAGAAAUGGGGUUACCUGGCGCCCCCGGUAUGCCUGGACUUAAUGGACUCACAGGUCGCAAGGGCGACAAAGGAGAAGGGGGAACCAGUGGCACUGAUGGUGAGCCAGGAGUGAAAGGGGAAAGGGGCGUAUCAGGGUUCUCAGGCUUCCCAGGUUUUAAGGGCUCAGCAGGGAGUCCGGGCAGGGACGGAGAUGAGGGGCCACCAGGGACCCCAGGUCCUCGGGGGGGCAAUGGGCCUAAGGGGGACAGAGGCCGAAGAGGAAGAAUGAAACCGUGUCAGAGGGGAGCACCGGGGACACCAGGACAAAGAGGACAGAGUGGCAUAGUUGGGAGUACGGGAGUGAAGGGGGAGAAGGGAGGUCCUGGACUCUCAGCUGAAGACGUGAAGGAGCUAGUCACCCAGGAGGUGAUAGAGAAGUGUGGACUGGAAUACAAGUUCAUGGUAAAGUCAGUGGAUCCAGACGGAACCACGUCAGGGACUGACAGUAAAACUGAGCCAGGAGAUGUGGUGAUAUCUCUCUCUCGUGACAGAGAGGUAGAAGAAGUGGGUGAUCAAGUGGAAGAGGAAGAAUAUGGAGGUCCUGCCAGUCCUGUGAUCCCUGGAGAAGAAGGGAUGAUACCAAACCGCACUGAUUCUGUUGGUGGAGCGGCGGCGGAGUGGGGACAGAGGAAGAAAAGAAGAAUAUUUGGAGCAAACACAGCUGCCGUGGCAGCUGACCGCUGUCUGGAGCCCAUGUCAGAGGGGACGUGCUCCGAGUACGUUCUGCUCUGGUACUUCCACCCUCGCUCUGGGGAGUGCCGGCCAUUUGUGUACGGCGGCUGUGGCGGCAACCGAAACCGGUUCUCCACAAGGCAGGAGUGUCAGAGCUGGUGUGGGAAGGAGAGGCCAGGCACUGAACCCUGGAGAUGAACCAGCAGCCCGAGAUAAUAUCCUCAUUGUGUACAUAACUGUGUAAAAUCUUUUGUGUUGCUUUUAUUUAUAGAUUUUAAAAGCUGUGUCUCGAUUUGUUGUAUGGAUUCAAAUAUGCGAAUGCUGAAAAAUGUUGUAAUUAUAUAUAUAAAAUCCUUCUGUAUUGUC